AUCAAAUGAAUAAUUAUUAAAAUAUACUGUAUAUAAUGACUGUAGGGCGCAGAGUAGUGACCCUCUGUCCUCGAUAAGCAGGAAGCUAAUGGGUUUAAAUCAGACUGCGGCUUGUGGUGACCUCUGUCUGCCGCAGGGAGAACGGCUCAGCACCGGGAUCCGCUCCCUGACUGUUGACGCGAGUAUGGCGGCCUGACGGCAUGUAGCUUUCCGAACAUUAUCCCGACCCGAGUCCAAGUGUCAUGGACAUGAUAUCGUGACAGCCGCCACCGGGACACACCAGCAACCUCACUUUAUGUCCGGAGGAAGAUGAAUAUGUCGGCACAUUGACGUUAGUGUCGCUCGGCCGUCGAUAAUGUGUUUAAAUCCCGGCGGUUUAAGUUUCAGUUGGUCAAAGUUGCUUAGCCGUUAGCUCUCACUUCAGUUAGCCAAUCCGAGGCGUUGUAGCGCGCACGCUAGCUUGAUGUCUUGUGCGAUCACUAGCUUUCAACGGCUGUCAGCAUCGUCACCACGACAACGGGCGUCCUUCCCACCCGUCCGUCUGAUGGAAGGGUGAGGGGGGGAACGAUGCUGAGAUUCCUCCGUAUCCUUCUGACAGGCCUGUUAGGUGUUCUGUGGGAUGGAGUUGCUGCUUUUGGUGGAGUCAGACUAGUGGGUGGGGAUAACAGGUGUUCUGGCAGAGUUGAGGUGCUCCGCCAUGACCAGUGGGGGACCGUCUGUGACCAUGGCUGGGACCUGCGGGAGGCUUACGUGGUGUGCCUGGAGCUGGGCUGUGGCUUAGCUGAAUCUGCCCUUCACGGUGCGGUGUUCGGUGAAGGCAGGGGAGAGAUCUGGCUGCGGCACAUCCAGUGCUCUGGACUAGAGUCCAGUUUGACACGCUGUGCUGUUGUCCUCCACAGUAACACCUACUGCACCCAUAAGAAUGAUGCAGGGGUGAAAUGCUCAGGUACCCUCUUAAUGCCCACCCUCACCCUGCUGUCGCCUCACACUGUGUUCUCUCCUGGGGAGGCUGUUCGCUUUGGCUGCAGCGUUCUGUUGGGUCACCACCUCAGCGACUUCCACCUGUACAAGCAUGGGGUGUCCACGCCGCUGGUGACGCAGAGGGCCGAUCAGACCCAGACCAACGGAGUGGAGCUGACACUGUCCGACAUAGAGACUUUCCACCAGGGCAGCUACAGUUGUCGCUACAGGAUCAAGGGUGGCUUUCCUUCUCAGCUGCUCAGUUCUCCACCUAGCAACUCCAUCAACAUCACCGUUGUGGAGCUCCUGACUCCUCACCACUGGUACAACACAUCCACUGAGGCCCCGGCUGGUUCGGUCCUUAAAGGCCACAGUUUUAACAUCACCUGCACCACCCCGCAGCAGUACCCCGGAGGUUCGUUCCAGCUGCGUCUGAUCCGCUCCAACGGCACAGUGCGCCAGUCCCUGCCCGCCCUCACCCCGACCGUCACUUUCACCUUUCCCAAUGCCCAGAGCUCCAACGAGGGCUACUACUACUGCCUGUAUCGGGUCCAGAUGGGUGGACGCACCUUUGUCUCCAGAGAAAGCCAGCCCCUGCCUAUAGCCAUCAGAGAUCCAGAUCCAAUACUGAGUCCAAUGGUGAUCAGCUGGAUUGUGUCUGGCCUGACAUUCAUUGUAGCUGUCAUCGUUAUUAUCAUCGUGGCCAAGGUACUGUGCAACAAGGAGAAGAAGCCCUCUGAACUGGAGCGAGAGACCAGAACCUGUGUGGACAACACUUAUGUUGCCUUAUCAAUUAACAAGCUAUGAUGGUGUAUACAGGCAACCAAUGACUAAAGACCGAAGGCUCACACCGUGUCCAUCGUGGAUUCAGUCGAUAGAGGACGUAAACCAGAAGAACCAAACAGCUUGGUCAGUUUGGGAAAAGGGACCAUCUGGAUCCAGUUCAGCACAGCUUGGAUGAGACACAGUUUUCACUUGACUCUUAACAUAAACGCAUCUAAGACUGCACUGCAGUAUUCUUUCAUACAGACUUCAGACUAGUGUUACUGCUGAGAUGAUAGUCUCUGCUCGGCUUUUAAGCCUUGUAUUAUGGUGAGAUGUAAGCUAACAGCCACAGACGACUGACAGACAGUAGAAACUAUUUCCAGUUUAUAGUCAGUAUCAAGCUAGACUUCAGAUUCACUCUGACUUGGCUACUGCCGUGACACCACGUGUACGGAGUGGAAAACUGCAACUAAAAGUUAAACUGGGGAGACAUGGGUUCCUCAGGUCUGUGUAUAUGCAGUCUAAAAACAUUGUUUUGUAUUUAUUACCACAGGCUCCACUAGCUUAUUAUGUACUUGCUUCAAAAGAUCAAUGAUCCUUAAAGGAUUAGAUGUUUUUUUUUGUAUUUUAAGUCUAACCCUACUAUGCAUCUUAUGUCAUUUACAAUAUGUACAGUACUGCACUUGAGUGUGUAAAUAGAAGCUGUAGUUGAUUAAAAUGCUGCUGUUGUUGGAGCUCCUGGAGUUAAUCAGUUUUGUUUACAAAUAUUAUUGCAUGUACUGCAGGUUGAUUUAUAGCAUCAGAUCAAGCAACAUCAGAGGAAAAAGCUUUUACCACGCAUUAAAUGGUUCAUUUAUUUUUUAUACCCUCAAUAAUUUAAACAUUUCAGAUUUAUGUUUGCUCCUGAAUAAAUCACUUGACUCUUCAACUGUUUACAUACACAAGCACUUUUAUAAUUUGAUUUAUGAAACAGCGAUACAAAACAAACUACAAUGUCAAACUCCACAGGAUGCAAAGGUUGGAAAAUGUAGUACAAAAGUGUGGUAUCUCUGAACUGAGUCCACUGAAACAAAGCUCAAAAAUGGUAUUACAGCUUAUAUAAACAGUGCAAUUUAAUAUUUUGACCAAGAUAAAACUUUCCCCCAACUAUUUAACACUGAAAAAACAAUUAUAUUCCAAUUAUUCCCCAAAAAUAAAAGAGGCACUUGCAUUACAACUCGUCUGAAAAUGUUCCCAACUGUACUUCUGAUUACUGACAAAAGGAGGCAUUGUUGUACCCAAAGAUUAUACAAACAAGAUACAUUUAGUGAACAAAACACACAGAAUAACCGUUAGACCUUUUAUCAAGUACUGUAACACCGAAAAAGGAAGAUUCUGGGAUUUUAAACAGACUUGUUGCAACACCCCUGAUACUAAAGAGCAAAUUUGUUUAAAACACAGAGAUUCUGAAUGUAUUUUUCAGUCAGUUCAAUGUCUUUUUGUACCAAGAAAAGUUACUAAAAAGGUGCUUAAAAUCUGGUGGAAUUACUUCAGUUUCUUGAUGGCAUCUUUAAACAAUGGUCAGUUACUUCUAAUGAGAGAUUUGUUUCGAUGUGAAAUCCUCCAUCUAAAAAAUGAUCUACCCAUGCAGAUAGAUUCACUUGAUCAUAACCUAAACCUCAACAGAACACACUGAAACCAUCGGUGCUGAUUUACAGUUGCUGUUCAGGUAAGAGGAAGAAGGAUUUUGUGUAUUUUAGGGUGAUAUGUCCUUUAAAAGUCUGUGUCUGAAGUCUAUUCUAUUAAUGGUGCUGUAGUGAAGCCUGGUGAGAAUUUAUUAUUUUAUAUAUUUCACCUCUAAGCAUAAGCAAGCAAAAAAAAAAAAAAAAAAA